AUGCCGACAAGAAAAGAAAUGGAGGAUCAUGACGAGGAUCAGGUUACUGGACCUGGUGAAUCUAUACCCGCUACCCCCACCACCACCACCUCGAGCCCUAGCAAGAAGCGAAAAAGAGAGACGAAUGGAUCGCCCGCACUGCGACCCGUGGAAGAGCCCAAGAGCAGACAAUCUACCCCUCCUUUGAAGAAGAAAAACCAAAUUCCUCAAGAAGUGUCGGAAAAUGAAAGCACCAGUGCAAACAGCAGAAGAGGAUCGAAUACGGAGGCUGUUUCUAACACUGUUUCCAAUGGAAUCACCCAGGAUUCAGUAAUGGCUAACUCGAAAGAUGUGAGGCCGUCAAAACCGGCAAAGGUUGUUCCUCCGAAAAACGAGGUGCCUGGGAACGCCGGAGACGAGCGGGAUCCCGAACCUGUUGCGGAGACGGAGGUGGACGAGGCUGCUGAUGCCACUGCUUCUGCUACACUAGACGAAGAGCCUUGUGACAAUGUCGAUACCACACGAGAAGACGAUGAAGACACAGAACGCGUGAAGAGAAAAAAUGCGGCUAUGGAGGAUUUGGCUGAGAUAGAACGAGUCUUUGCCCAACUGAAGGACAGAAUUUACUCAGAGAGGUUGAAGAGGGUUGAUAUGGAGAUGAAGAUGGUACAGGAUGGAACCCAUCCGGAAUUUGUGGCUCAGAAAACUUGUAUCGAUCAAAAAUUGGAAGAGAAGGUUCGGUUGGCGGACGCACACUACAAGUAUGGUAUGGAAUCUCUGUCUAUCGCAACUCGAGUCAGUAGGGCACAAGUGCAUUCUCAAUAUUUCCAAACCGUACGUCAACUGCGGGAGGAUGCGCUCGAGAGAUGCAGCGAGCUUUGGUACCAAAUCCAGAGAGAAAGGAGAGCUGGCGAUGCUUUGGUUUCAGAGUUCUCCUAUCGGAUACCAGAUCGCCAGAGUGCCAGGAUUAAGCAACGGCAGCAAUAUAAUUGGGAGGUGGCGCUUUUGAGCGGAAUCGCAAAGCACAUUGGGUUUCCUGCAGCACCCGAUGUUGUGGGUGCAUCUGAAGAAGAAAUUGUUGAUGACUUGGAAUCUAUGGGGAUCGCUACACGUGUACCUGCACGAGCAAGUGUAACCGUGCCCCCCACCGGUAGUCUACGCGAAAGGGGACUAGAUGAUUUCUAUGAGAGGUCAUUACAUACCAACUGGUCACAUACCGGCAUGCAGCCUUCUCCACCACCACCUGCGCCACAGCCGACCCAGCAAGCCCCCGGAUAUCCUCAUGUACACAUACACCAUCACCACCACCACAACCGUAGACAUACUGGGCCUAAUCAACCCGACCUUGCACGUCGUGGCCCGUCGGCUCAGGGUCAUAAUCCUGGACAUCAACCAUCAGCUGUAUCGCUAUCCUCUUUGCUCCAAAAUGAUGUUAUCAAAAUGGAAGGUCCGUCUACACAUCCUCCUAGCACCUCUUCAUUGAGUGCUACGCCUCAUCUACCCCCACGGACGUCUCAAUUGUAUUCUUCACAAAGUGCUCAACAUUCCCUCCCCCCUUCAACCUCUCUCCAGCAGCACGUGAACCCAUAUGUUCGUCCUGGUAAUGCCGAUUCUCACCAGGCUCCUCCACCGGCACCUCAGAGGUUUGAUAUAGGCAGAGGUUCAACACCUGGAGACGUAAGGAUAUAUGGUACUAUGGGAGGAAGGGAGAAUGAGGCUCCAGACGGAGGGCUCCGAAGGUUGAAAGAGGAAAAUGACAAUGCUAUGGGAGUUGGCCCUCCUGCACUUGGUGCAUCUGCACCUUUGAGGUAUGGUCCUAGAAUGAGCUAUUCAUGAUCAACCUCUACCCCUCUACUGUAGGUAUUCAUAAGACCAAGAUUCUGUCAAUUUCUCUUUUCCUAAACACGGGGUUUUUGUCUGGGGCGAAUUGUGUACAGGGUAUUCCUAAAGGCUGGGAUGUUCUAAUGUUUUCCUCUUGUUAGUUUCGUUUCACAGCGUUAUUGAUAGCUCUAACGUUCGCAUGAAAUGUCGAUUUUUUGUGUAUCCUUAACAUUUCCGCUGUUUUCAUGAACUUUCACCUUGGGUCUGGGUCUGCUCUUUGUAUUUAAUGUGGAGUACCUAAUUUCGGAUGGGCGGAAGCUUGCAUGGGUUGGAUGGAGAACGAGAGUGGUGGCUCACGUCUGGCUGAGGUCCUUGUUUUUUUGUUUUUUUUGUAAAAGCUAUCCCUUCCUUCUCUCCUCUCUCAUUUCCAUUUCUUGUAUCUGUGUUAAAUACCUCUCAUUACCAUACCCUUCUUUCUUGUCCUUUAGGCUGUCUGGCGGCGGAGUUUUACUUUUUUUAUUUUUACCUCUUUGUUACUUCCUCUACCCAGAUUUUCCUCCGUUCCGUGUUGGCUAGUCUCCCCCUGUGGUCAGUGGGUUUUUCUCUUGGGUAUAUAUUCAACACUUGUCAUCUGUGCUAUCUGUGCUAUCUGUGCUUAUUGUGUUUAGGGAGCUGGGCUUUUGAAAGGAUAUGAACAUUACUGUAAGGUGUUUUUGUACUCUUGAUAAUACCAGAUGAUGUGAUUAAUCUG